AUGAUCAGUUAUGUCGAGAAGAUCCAUGGCUUCCCGCAGGGGAGCCAGAUGACCCAUCUACAUACCAACUACACCCAUGCACUGAGCACAGACGGCGUUUUUGUUAAGAGAUGGGUUGAUAUCUUUCUGCUCAAAACAUUCUCACUGCGUGACAAAAACAGUGACUAUUGGUCUCUUCUUCAAUUUCAACAUAAGAAGAGUUCCUGCAGCUGUACAGAGGAGCUGCGAAUGGCAGAACCAUGUGGAGCCUGGAGCCGGAGCUGUGGAGAAACAGAUAAGCAGCUGUCACCUCGUGGAGAGCUCAAAGACACCAGAAAGCCUCCUGACAAGUUGACACAUUUAAUGGACUUCAGAAACCAAGGGAUUUUGAACAAUUGA